AUGGAAGAGGUGCUAGUCGAUUUGGCCGCAUGCUUCGAAUAUUUGAGCAUGCUUGAUGGCUAUUCUGGCUAUAAUCAAAUUCUUAUAGUAGAAGAUGAUGUCCCCAAGACAUUGUUUCGAUGCCCUGGAGCUUUUGGGACAUAUCAAUGGGUUGUGAUGUCGUUUGGUCUAAAAAACGUGGGAGUAACCUAUCAAAGAGCCAUGAAUUCCAUAUUCCAUGAUUUCAUUGAAAAUUUUAUGCAGGAUAUGAAGGGCCAAAUAGUAGCAGAUUUUAUAGUAGAUCAUGCUAUGGUCAAACCUUCACUAAACAUGGUUGACACAAACCCAUGGCUAUUAUAUUUCGAUGGGUCAAGCCACAAAGUUGGAACAAGAAUUUGGGUAUUGAUAUUAUCCCCACAAGACAUUCCGACAAGGUUCAACUUUAGAAUCAAUGAAAACAGUUCCAAUAAUGAAGCAGAAUACAAGGCCUUAAUAACUGGUCUUAAAAUCCUGAAAGAUUUAGGGGCCAAGAAAAUAGAGGUGAAAGGAGACUCGGAACUAGUGAUUAGACAAAUCACACAAGAAUACAAGUACAUUAAAGAAAACUUUCUAAGGUAUUUCGUGAUGGCGACACAACUAUUGGAGUACUUCGAGAUCGUCGGUAUUAUGCAUGUGCCAAGGAUGGAUAACCAAGAAGCCAACGGUUUAGCCCAAAUCGCUUAUGGGUACAAGAUAUCGAAAUCAAGACUCCAGGAGAUUAUUGAGGUACAGGAGAAGAUGGUGUCAAACGUCCCAUCAUCACCUAAUAUGGACAUUUAA